AUGUCUGCAAAGCAGGUGGAACCGGAAGUGGGGGCGGUCGACGAGGCCACGACCAAGCCCGUGUCCCGCUUCACGCGGUGGUACCGCAGUCCGCUGUUCAACGUCAUCGUCGUCGGCUUGAUCUCCUUCACCCAGCCUGGGAUCUGGAACGCGCUCAACAACACGGGCGCAGGAGGCCAGCAGCAGCCGUACCUGGUCAACGGCGCCAACUCGCUGACGUUUGGCAUCAUGGUCUUCGGCUGCUCCGCCUUCUCCAUCCUCGCGAACAAGUACGGGCUGAAGCCGAUCCUCAUCCUCGGCACGCUGGGCUACGCGCCCUACUCGGCCUCGCUCUACGUCAACAACCGCUACGGCACCGAGUGGUUCGUCCUGUUCGGCGGCGCCACGUGCGGCGUCGCGGCGUCGGCGCUGUGGGCGUCCGAGGGCGCCAUCGCGCUGGGCUACGCCGACGUGCGGGACCGCGGCAAGUUCACCGGCAUCUGGCUGGGGCUGCGCGAGCUGGGCCAGCUCAUCGGCGCCUCCAUCCAGCUGUCGCUGAACGUGGAGAACGGCCAGCGCGGCAAGGUCGGCUACUCGACCUACCUCAUCCUCAUCGGCCUGCAGUGCCUCGGCCUGCCGCUCGCCUGCCUGGUGUCGCCGCCCGAGAAGGUCAUCCGCCGCGACGGCCGCCGCCGCGCGCCGGUCGUCAAGGACCGCGGCGUCGUCAAGGAGUUCCACAAGUGGUGGGCGCUGCUGAAGACGCCGCAGUUCUACCUGCUGAUCCCCAUCCUGGUCGGCUUCAACUGGAACGGCACCUACCAGGGCAUCUACCUCACCCAGUACUUCUCGGUGCGCGCGAGGACGCUGGGCGCGCUGGCGUCGGGUCUCGCGGCCACGGCGGCCAACGUCGUGUGGGGCUGGGUCUACGACCUCAAGGGCUUCAGCCGGCCGAAGCUGGCCAGGGUCACCUGGACCAUCUUCUCGGUCGUCAUGCUGGGUCUUUUCGCGUGGCAGGUCGCCAACGAGAAGCUGUACGAGUCCACGAGCCCCAAGCCGACGCUCGACUGGAGCCAGCCUGGUUUCGGCCGCGGCUUCGCUGUCAACGUCCUGUUCCGUUUCAUGAACGAGUCCCACUACAUGUUCGUGUACUGGAUACUCGGCACUUUCUUCGAUGACAUCGAGACGUUGACUUUGGCCGUGGGGUUGAUGCGGUCCUUCGAGUCCAUCGGCUCCUGUCUGGCCUUUGGCGUCGGUGCUGCAGACGUCAGCCCAAUGGUGAACUUGAUCAUCGCCUUCGUCAUGUUUGGUAUCACCAUCCCGUCGACGUAUGCUGCAACGCUGCUCGUGCCAGACCGCCCGGCCGAUCUUCGAAAAUCCGAAGAAGAAGACGAGCACGUGGCCAGCGAGACCAGCACAUGA